UCGUAACAAAAUCCUUCUUGAAGAGGACGGCGGAGAAAAUCCCUCAGUCUAGUUUUAUUCCGCAACGCACUGACAUUACUCGGAGGAUCUCUAGCUUGUGCCUACAACAUGCGGUGCUUCUUGGUGCUGACCCUCUUCGUGGUCGUCGCGUCGGCGCUGCCGCAUGCGUGGGUGAGAAACUUCCUGUCCAGAAAGCAAGAGGAAGCCACACCUAGCAAUGUCGUCGAGCAUGAGGGCUACGAGGAGAGGACGUACCCCGCCCGGAAGUGGGUAUGCACCAGUGACACGGGCGAAGCCGAUGACGAAAAAGGCCGAGACAGAGCCAUGUUUAAGAGGCUGUACAAAUACAUCAGAGGGAACAACAACAUGCACGAGAGACUAGCCAUGGCGGCACCCGUGACGAACGAGGUCACGACAGGAGAUGCGACUAACACUUACGAGAUGUGCUUCUACAUAGGCGAGGAUCACCAGGCCAGCCCGCCCGCGCCCAACGAUCAGCUGGUCACCAUCCAGGACCGGCCGCAGAUCACUGUAUUCACCAGGACUGUCGGCGGAUACAUGAGGGAUGACGAGGACUGGCUGACGGAGGCCGCCCGCCUGGCCCAGAUCCUGGAGGCCGGCGGGGAGACCGUCUCCCAUGCCGAUAUGUACUGGGUUGGCUACGACGCCCCCUUCAAGUUCUGGCACCGCCGGAACGAGGUCUGGCUCCUGAAGAACUAAGGAGAAGGUGGCAUCGAGCUCGCACUCUCACGGGGCACGGGCGCGCCACCAAGGGCAGGAUGAAGGCAUCGAAUACUCGAGGAAGAACUUUCAUUUUACUCAGAUUAUGUUUUGAACCAAAUUAAUUCCUGACUGUACUCUUGCACUUAAAGUGUCUUGAAAUA